AUGGCAGCUUCACGACGAGCUCAAAUUCAGUUGUUGUGCGGAGCACGUACGGGACCUUUGAUCGAUCGGGCCGAGUCGUAUCUUGCUGCGGUCGACAUCUGGUCUCGCCGAGGCAACCAGAAGGCGGUCAAGAAUGCAGGCACUGGUGUGGUAGCUGUCUGUUGCUAUCUCGCAGCCGAGAGCUUAGACGCUCGAGUACCGGAUCGAAGCUCAGCCGUACGGGCAAGUGGUCUUCCUCCAGCACAAUUCGCAGCAGCAGAGCGCGAUUUUCGAGGCGCCGUUCAGUCUCUUUCCAACACCUCCGCUCAGACGCUGUCGGGUGCAUCGGAUGUCAUCAACAGCGCUUUUGCGCCCAGUAACGCAGCAUCACCUACAAAGAGACUUUUGCGGAAUACUCCUAUCAAGACGCCGGUAUCGUCGAGCAGGAGCAAGGAUGCUCUACUGGCCAAAGCACAAGCCAUUCAAGCUGGAAGCCUCUUCGAUCAGGCCAUGCGAACUGUGCCUGACGCCACUCUGGCAUCGGCGGACGCAAGUAGAGUACCGCAAAUGAGCGCCGCUCCCUCUACACAUACAUUGGAGAGCAACGUCAGUAUACCAGCAAACACGGCCGGGGAGCAUAACAACACAGCAGCAGACCGAGUUGCCUCGACAGAAGCACAACCUCGUCGAAUCAAGCGUAGAAGGAUGUCGAAAGUGGUGUUUGGUCUAGCAAACGCCUCGAGCCUCAACGGCUUAGAUGAUGAACAAGAAGCGGACGACGAGCGUGCGCGCCGAACAAGGAUCGAUCACAUCCAGACUACUCUGAAGCAACUGCGCUCAGCGAAUCCGACUUGGCGCUACCUCGACGCACCUAGAGACGUGCUUGUCAUCAUCUCACCGUCGCACGACAAUCUCACUAGAGAGUAG